GGGAAACGUCGGUCUGUCUGGAGAAUUUCAAUCACAGUAUUUCGUUGUAGUAACCCCACAUAGCGACCAAGUUGCUGGUGAAGCAGCGGUAAAAUACAUAAACGAACACAGAAGUCUUACGUGCACUUAAUUGCGGGGCAUUUCUUUCUUCUGCAAGUUAAGUUCUAUGGUUAGUUUACUUAAAAUGUAUCAUAUAAGGCUGUGCACGGAUUUGGCAAGUAGUUAUCAUGAGUGUUAGCUAGACUUGUUUUUGUUUUUUUGUUUUUUAAUCCAAGAACAGCGCAGGGGCUUUUUAUUCGAUACUGAAAACUUGAACAGCCAUGAGCCAAACGCCACUAAAAGAGUCAGGGGAAAACUCCAAGUGCGUGGGGCAGGGGAAUGAAACUUUGAACCAACUAUUACUUUUCGGAGAUAAAAGGUUCAGAACAGCUAAUGUCGGCCUUGAAACAGAGACAAACAGCAUUAAAACGCUUCUAAAUGAGUUCAAAGGACUUUAUGAGCAAAGGUUAAGAAGCCUUCAUCUAGACAACACAAUACCAACAGAAGAACUGCACCAGCAGAAAGUGGAUUUCCUGCAGUCUUAUGUGAAUGACCUCACAGACCAGAACCAGGUGUUGGUUCAGACCAUUGAAGAUCUGCAGAAGGAAGCUGACUCCAAGAUGUCCAAUUAUGGAAUGAACCGAGGUACCUCCGACGAUACCAUCAAUGUGUCUAAGGCAGAGGUGAGGCCUUUGUCCCUGGAUGAGCUUGUCGGACCCCCAGCACACACCCCACACAGAAGACCACGAAGGCAUCCAAAUAUGGACAGUAGGAGAUGCACAUUACUUCCCCCUCUCUCCUCUUCUCUCUUAAGACAGAAGGAGGAUAUGUCUCUUUUUCUCCAUAUCGACUUUCCCAGUUCUUUGGUUGACAUUACAGGUGAGGUAGAAGACCUUAAAAUCCAAUUGCAAACCAAGGACAUCAUCAUCUCUGAUCUGGAGAGGGAGUUGGAAGAGAAUUUAGCACAAAAUAAAAAGACUGCAACCCAACUGCUGGAAAGAAAUGAGAGGCUGGUGCACCUACAGAGUGAGCUGUCGUGUCUGCAGCAAAUCCAAAAAGACAACAUGAAGGAGAUUGCUGGGAAAGACAUCUGCAUCACUAAACUGCAAGCCAACAUUCAGCUGCUGCAACAAGAGGGAGCUGAUACAGAUGCUCAGGUUUCCAAGUUGAAUGUGCAAGUGAGGGAGCUGCAGGAGGAGGUUAGGAGAAAAGAGGAGGAAUGGAGGCGAAGAGAGGAGGAACAGAGACUGACAUAUGAAAAGAAGCUUGAGAAAGUGGAAGUGAGGCAAAGACAGGAGCAACAGAAGAGAGAGGAGGAGAGGAUGAGGUGUGAGGAAGAGUGGAAAAGAGAGUUCGAAGAGGAGAAGAGGUCCCACAGAGAAACUGUUAAAAAAGCAGCUGCUUUGAGUUUGGAGUUGGAGGUCAGCAAGAAGCAGGUGGAGCGACAGAGCAGGGAGCUGUUGAAGUUUCAACAGAAUGAGAAGACUCUUCUCACCCAGGGCGAUGCCAAAAUAGUGUCUCUAAGGACUGAGUUCAGUGCCUUGCUUGAAAGACGGAUGGAGGAAAAAGAAGCAACGAUUAACCAACUGAGUGAUGAGCUGAAGAAAGUAACCCAGAAGAUGAAAGAGAGAGAGGAGCAUGUGAGGCAUCUGGACCAGGAUGUGGUUGGUUUGCAAACCACACAGGACUCUCUGAAGAGAACCUUGGCUGUGAGGGAGAAACACACACAACAGCUGGUCCGAGACAGCGCACAGCUCAAAGAUAGCCUGGCUGCAGUGCAGAGCAAAUUGCUGACUAGUGAGUCCAUGGUGAGGGACCUGAGCGAGUCCCUGGAUCAGGCCAAAAGCAGUCUUGACAAGGAGAGAGUUCAGAAGCAGCAGAUGCAAGACCAGUUCCAUCACGCCAGCAAAGAGGUGGAGCGUCUGCAGCAGGAGCUUUCUCACUUGCAACUCAGCACUGAAAAAAAGAUUCAGAAGCGAGAGAUUAAGGUGUGUUCACUAGUGAAGGAGCUCACGGAGAGUAAGACACAGCACUCGGAUUGUCAGAAACAGCUGCACAGUAAAGAGACGUCUUUGAAGAAACUGUGUGAGGAGAAGGAUGAGCUGAUAGCAAGGAUGGAGGACAGGGACAGGGAGUUUGUUCACCUUAACCAGACCAAAGAGAGACUAGAAGCUGACUUGGCUCUAAGCCACGAGAAACUGCAAACCUCACACCUGGAGGUUAGGAGCAGAGAUCAGUUGAUUCUGCAGCUGAGGGCUGAAAUGAAGACAGCUGAACAGAGGCAUCAGCGAACAUGGGAACAGAUGGAAGCACUAGAGGGUAAAGUUAGACGCUUGAACCAAAAGGUCAGAGGACACCAGGAAGAGUCCCAUCAGUUAAGUGAAAAGGUCAGCGAUAUUGAGCGCCUUAAAGACCAGAAGGAGAAAGAACAACAGGAGCUACAUGGUCAGCUCUGUAUCAGUCAGCAGCAGGUUGAAACAUCUCAGCUGAGGAUAAAGAAGCAGAGGAGUGAGAUUGAAUUCCUCCAUCGACAGCUGAAAGAAUCCAAGGAACAGCUAAAAGAUGCCAGUUUACAAGCCCAGGAGCAGAAUGAAACUAUAGCAAUUGUUAAACAUAAGUACACAGCAGCAAUAGAGAAGGUGCACAGGGUGCAAGGACAAGUGGAACUUUUGGAAGAGGAACUACGGUAUUCAAAGCAACAGUUACUGGAGUCCCAGGGAGCAAAUCAUUCAGUGAAGGAAGAACUAGCAGAAUUAGAGCAACGCUACAAGGAAAAGAUUGGCCAAUGGGAGAGUUCACAGGAGACUCUGGACCAUUUAACAGAUGAGCUCCAAGCCACUCAGAAUCUACUUCAAAAUAGUCAACAAAAACUUGAGUAUCACAGUGCUCUGAUGGGAUCCCUGCAGGAACAGGUGGACACACUCAAACAACAGAAACUGAUGUUUGAGUGUGACCUAAGGCUUUAUCAACAAAGUCAUUCUCAUUCUGACGAGGAGUACCACAGCCUGUUAAAACAAAGACAGCAGCUUCAGAAGCACUGUACAGAGCAGGUUGAGCGCCUUGCAGAGUGUGAAAAGGCUAUUCUUCAGAUGAAGUCAGAGCUGGAGAGACAAGCCCAGGAAAAGGCAAGUCUAGAGAAAAGCCUUGUUGCAUCCCACCAUGCACACCUGAACAACUGCACCCACCUGGAACAGGAAGUGACACAUCUGAAAAAGGAAGUUACACGCUUAGAGCUAGAGCUGGCUGACACCCAAAAGGUACAUGUGACACUUCUCAGGCAGCUGGAAGAGCAGCUGAAGGAAGCCAGGCAAGAGGCUGAGAGAGGGAACAGGGAGGUGGACGUUCAGAAAGGAGAGGUGCAGAGACUUCGGGAAGAGUUACAGAAGGAAAAAGAGAAGAAGAGUAAUGCCCUCCAAGAGCAACGCAGCCUGAACACUUACAUUAAGCAGUUGAGUCAAGAGCUGGAGGAACUGCACAGCAAGCACCAACUGACAGUGGAGGAGUUGGCAGCCCGUACAGAGGAGGCGAGGCGGAUGGAGGGGUGCCUGAAUAAGGGAAAGCUAGCAGAGGAGAAAAUGAGGUCAGUGGUCUUGAGGUUGGACAUGGAGGUGGCAGAGAUCAGGAAGAAUCUUCAGCAGACUGUCAAUCAGCAACUCAAGGCAGAGAGAGACAAACAGGAUGCGCAGGACCAGGUGGAGUCACUACGAUCAGAGCUAGAAGGGACGCGGUCUGACAAUGCAAACCUUCGUCGUGAGAGUCAGCUGGUCAUGACUAAUGUCAACCGGUGGAUCACUGAACAAAAAGCUUCCAAUGAGACUCUGACUGCCCAGAUGAAGGCCCAAAAUAAGGCGCUGCUUAUCAUCUCUGAGGAGAAAGAACAUCUUCAGGAGGCUAAUGACACAAUGAAGCUGGAGGUAAAGAGACUGAAAGAAGUGGCAGAUGAGAAGGAGAGAGACAUGGAACGCUUCAAGGCCCAGAUCCGAGAACAGGGCAGUCGGCAAGAUGGGAGAACCAUGGAGAAGGAGAGUUGUGUAGCUCUAAACAUCAGCAAAAUUGAGGACAUGCAGACCAGACUGAGAAGCAACCUGGAGGCCAUCAGAAUGCUAAAUCAACAAUUAAAUACUCUCAGCAGAGAAAAUAAGCAUUUGCGUAGGCAGUUGGAGGAGGAGAGGUCCAUGCGUAGACAAGUGGAGCGACUAUGUCUUACUCCUCCCACCUCCCGGCAGUGCUCCUCUGUCCAACUCCCCAUCGUUGCCCGCCCACCCCCUCUCCCCACCUCUCUUCCUCCUGCUCCUCCUCCUCCUCUUCCAACUGUAUGCUGGGACUCAGUGACAGCCGAAGCCGAUGGGAUUCUAACCCAAACCGAGCAGAGUGGGGUUGACUUACAGAGACCAGGUGGAUCCCAGGCUUUGAGUGGAGCGCUGUGGACGAAGCCGACUGCACAGCGUUCUGUCUCCGCCUCUCUUCACGACGCUUGGUCUGGGAGGACAAGCAGGGAUCUGAUCAAAUGAAGUCCCCUGCAGACUUUGACCUGUCAUGACUUUUUGACCCACAGCUUCUCACCGGGGAGCGUGCUCAGUAUGAGGUUAAUGUCCUGCAGGUCAAAGUCAAGUCCCAGAGUGGAGAGCGCCUGAGGGGGUUCCAGUAACAGAGAAAGAUGGAAUUCUCUUAAAUCAUCAGAAAUCAUCCUUCUAAUACUGCGGCUACUGUGAUACGAAGUCAUGUAUUCUAAGAGCAUACCAGCAUUCCUAAAUUAUAGACUGAGAAUUUGAAACAUUUACAGUGGAUUGCAUCUUAAAUAAUGUUUUCCUGCUCUGGGCAAUAGCUGCUUUUAACAUCAGCAGCUCGAUUCUAAAAUAAUAAUCUUGUUUAACAACGCAUCACUUAGUACCAAGUACUAAAAUAUUUUUUCCUGUGCUCUGUACAUACAUGACUGUCAGAACAGACUUUAACUUAUUAUAUAAAUUAACUUAACAGAGGAAGUGACUAACUGUGCAAUUCUUCAGCGCUGACGAAUGUCGUACACUGUGGAUGAGUCUGACUGUGAACAAAUGAGGGACGGCACAUCAUCAGUUUCCACAGACAUAGAUCAGAUGUUGAUGUGAAUGACUGUAACUACUAAGUCUGAUUACUAAGCAGCUGCUUGCCAUGUGUCCUGCAUCUACUGCGAUGAAUGUGGCUGUGUGUCUUUAUGAGUGAGUAUUAUACCAGUCCAUGACUUUGUCUCUUCGUCUGUGAGCGAGUGUGAGUUUGUGUGUCUUGAGAGCAGCAGAUGUUAAACUGUAAUGUGCUGAAUUGUUUAAUACUUAAAAGACAUAUCAGUGGUUUCUGUGUCUGUAUUACACUCCCAUUGUGUCAGUGAGACAAAAUAAAAACAAUUACAU